UUACUUGUGCGAUUUCCUCUCUGGUUGUUUCUCCGUCUUGGUUUCCAAUUAUUUUUAGCUUUGAGAAACGUCAACUUGUUCCGAAAAACGCAGUAAGUAUAUUAGUACUGUCGUCUUCUUCCACUUUUCAGGCCUGGUUGGGUAUAACUAUAGAGACGUAGCUAGCUAUCUAGCACUUAAUAAGCACCUAUACAGUCACGCGCCCAGUGUCCGGGACCUCAAAAAAGGAUCAUCUUUAAUAAGAAUGGUCAUUUCUCCAAGAAAUCAAGGGACUACUCUCGUCUGUUUGUGUUUAUGUAGUUAUUGUCUCCACUGUCUGUUGUUGUUGUUGUGUUUUUAGGUGUGUGGUCUGGUCUGGUCUGGUCUCCCUUUUUAGGAUGGAUUUUGGGGGGGUGUUGGGGGGUUUAGAUACUGGGGUGUUGCCAGCAACUGCUAGUGUUUUCUCUGCUGUUUCUGAUGUUGAGACCAAGCUGAAGUGGUGUGGAUCUGGCGGAUUUCUAAAGCAGGAAAGGCCGCCGCCGCCGGCGGUGGCCGGCGAAGAUGACUGGAGAGAAACCAAGUUUGCUAAAACUUCCACCGCCGCUAUACUGAGAUCUAAUGCCAAUGGAGUCUCUGAAUCCGGCCAGCAAAUGCUCAGUUUCUCUUCUGCCAACUCGCAGACACUGCCAUUGCCGUCUUACCAUGCCGCUUUUAGCAGAAACUCAGGGUAUGGAGGAUUGAAUUCUGGGAACAUGCAUGGGUUAGUAAGUGGAGUGAGAGGGCCAUUCACUCCAUCUCAGUGGAUGGAGCUGGAACACCAGGCUUUGAUCUAUAAGUACAUAACUGCAAAUGUGCCUAUUCCUCCUUAUCUUCUCAACCCCAUCAGAAAGGCCUUUGAUUCUGCAGCCUUAUCAGCUUAUUCUGGCCUGAGACCCAAUUCUUUUGGAUGGGGUGCUUUCCAUCUGGGAUUCUCCAACACCACUGAUCCAGAGCCAGGGAGGUGCAGGAGAACAGAUGGGAAGAAAUGGCGGUGCUCGAGAGAUGCAGUAGCCGACCAAAAAUACUGCGAACGGCAUAUGAACAGAGGCCGUCAUCGUUCAAGAAAGCCUGUGGAAGGUCAAGCUGGAACAACAGCUGCAGCAACAACUAAGCUGAUGCCGCCGGCUACUUCCUCAGCAUCAGCAGCUGUGGUGGUGCCCGGAGGCAGUGUUUCCGACACUAUUGGCUUCUCAAAUCACAACAAUUUGCAGCCAUUUUCAACCAAUCCUUCUCCACCAUCUCACCUUUACAGGAGCUUUCUGGAUAAGGGGAAUCAGGGUGAAAAAGAGAGUCAACAACAUUCCAUUAUCAAAGACCAGCAUCAUCCUUAUGAAGCAUCAUCAAGAUCAGGGUUUGGAUUAGUCUGCUCCAACCCUCUGCUAAAUCCUUUGAGUAAAGGCGGCUCUUCAAGCUAUAGUACUACUCAUGAAGAUGUGAGUGAUCGUGAGAGCAAAACCCGCCAUUCACUUCAUCAGUUCAUGGAUGAUUGGCCCAAGAACCAGCCAGAUAUCGAUCUCCAAUCAGAUCAAACUCGCCUCUCCAUCUCCAUACCAAUGUCCACUUCAGACUUCAUGUCUUCAACGUCGUCUCCAGUGUCUGAGAAGCUUGCAGCUUCCCCGCUGAAACUAUCGUGGGAGCACGAAACCACCACCCAAAUGGGGUUAGGAGUGGGGGCGGUUAUCAACCAAAGACAAGGAAACUGGAUUCCCAUAGCGUGGGAAUCAUCAUCUGUGGGUGGACCUCUGGGCGAGGUUUUUCACAGCACUAACAGUAAGUCAUCAGGUGACUGCAAAAACGCCUCGGCCCCUCUUAACCUCAUGGAGGGAUGGGAUGGGAGUCCAAGAAUGGCUUCAUCCCCGACUGGGGUUUUGCAGAAGGCGGCGUUCUGUUCACACUCGAAUAGCAGUGCAGGGAGCAGUCCGAGAGCUGAGAAUAACAGUGUUAUGAACCCAUCCCUGCAAGCUCUGUAGCCCUGAAGCAAGAAGAUGAAGAUCAUCAUCAGUAUUAAUCUAGCUUUUUUCCAGUUAAGAUUUGUUAAUUUGAUUGCUUGUGUAAUAUUUUCAGCCUUGAGAACACAUAGCUUGUGUAAUAGCCGAGUAAAUGCCUAAAUGGCAUCCAUCAGACUUCAAGUUUAGAUUUUUGCUCUAAUUUGACAGUGACUUGUUUGGUUUUUGUUUUGUUUGAUCA